CGGCAAUGGCGACCAUGGCGCCGUCCAACGCGGCGGCGGCGGCAGUGGUGUCGCGCGACCGCACCGCCGCCGCCCCGGCCUUCUCGCGCCGCCUCCGGAUGCCGGCGCGCCCGGCUCGCGGGAUGCGGCUGCGGGGCCGCGGCGGGGCGGUGCUCGCGACGUCCGUGGCCGCGCCCGCGGCGCCGGCCGGCGCCGAGGAGGUCGUGCUGCAGCCCAUCCGGGAGAUCUCCGGCGCCGUGCAGCUGCCAGGCUCCAAGUCGCUCUCCAACCGGAUCCUCCUCCUCUCCGCCCUGUCCGAGGGAACAACGGUCGUGGAUAACCUGUUGAACAGCGAGGAUGUCCACUACAUGCUCGAGGCCCUGGACGCGCUCGGGCUCUCCGUGGAAGCAGACAAAGUUGCAAAAAGAGCUGUAGUCGUCGGCUGCGGCGGCAGGUUCCCGAUUGAAAAGGAUGCCAAGGAGGAAGUAAAGCUCUUCUUGGGGAACGCUGGAACUGCGAUGCGGCCAUUGACGGCGGCAGUAGUAGCUGCUGGUGGAAAUGCAACUUAUGUUCUUGAUGGAGUACCAAGAAUGAGGGAGCGACCUAUCGGUGACUUAGUUGUCGGUUUGAAACAACUAGGUGCGAAUGUUGAUUGUUUCCUUGGCACUGACUGCCCACCUGUUCGUAUCAACGGCAUUGGAGGGCUACCUGGUGGCAAGGUUAAGCUGUCUGGUUCCAUCAGCAGCCAGUACUUGAGUUCCUUGCUGAUGGCUGCUCCUUUGGCUCUUGGGGAUGUUGAGAUUGAAAUUAUUGAUAAACUAAUCUCUGUUCCUUACGUUGAAAUGACAUUGAGAUUGAUGGAGCGUUUUGGCGUGACGGCAGAGCAUUCUGAUAGCUGGGAUAGAUUCUACAUUAAAGGAGGACAGAAGUACAAGUCCCCUGGAAAUGCCUAUGUCGAAGGUGAUGCCUCAAGUGCAAGCUAUUUCUUGGCUGGCGCUGCAAUCACUGGAGGAACUGUGACUGUCCAAGGUUGCGGCACCACCAGUUUGCAGGGUGAUGUGAAAUUUGCUGAGGUACUAGAAAUGAUGGGAGCCAAGGUUACAUGGACCGACACUAGUGUAACUGUUACUGGCCCACCACGUCAGCCCUUUGGAAGGAAACACCUAAAAGCUGUUGAUGUCAACAUGAACAAAAUGCCUGAUGUUGCUAUGACUCUUGCCGUUGUUGCCCUUUUUGCAGAUGGUCCAACUGCUAUCAGAGAUGUUGCCUCCUGGAGAGUUAAGGAAACCGAGAGAAUGGUGGCAAUCCGGACUGAACUAACAAAGCUGGGAGCAACGGUAGAGGAAGGCCCAGACUACUGCAUUAUCACACCACCAGAGAAGCUGAACGUCACGGCGAUCGACACCUACGAUGACCACCGGAUGGCGAUGGCCUUCUCCCUCGCCGCCUGCGCUGAGGUGCCUGUCACGAUCAGGGACCCUGGGUGCACCCGCAAGACCUUCCCCAACUACUUUGACGUGCUAAGCACCUUCGUGAAGAACUAGCUUGAUGAAAAUCUACAGUGUAUCGCGUUUGUACUUUUGUAGCCUGUCCAUGGUCUGAGGAAAUUUUUACUGUUUUGGUCUUCUUGCGAAAUGAUUUAUGAGUCUGUAAUACUAGUUUUGUAGCAUGGCGUGGGCCUUUUGAGGUAAAAUGGGUUGUAAUGCAUACUAAGUUCGUUUUGAAUAAGAAGCAAGUUAGGAGUACCAUAGACCA